AUGUUUCCUCCCGUCACAGAGGCCGAGACGCGUCAGAAACUGCUGCGCAAUGUGAAGAAAGAGGUGAAGCAAAUUAUGGAGGAGGCAGUAACAAGGAAAUUUGUUCACACAGACAGCAGCCACAUCAUCUCCUUCUGUGCCGUCGUGGAAGCCUGCAUGCUUCAUGGGCUGAAGCGGCGUAUUGCAGGCCUCCUGUGCAGCAACAAGGUGGCAGCACUGUUCAUGAAGGUGGCCAAGAACUUCUCUCCUGCUGAGGAACUCUGCCACAAGGUCCAGGAGAUGGAACAGAUUAUCGAAACCAGCAAACAGAACAAUUCUUCACUAAAUAACGAACGCCUUCGUCAGUCCAAGUUAGCCAACCUCCCUCCUCAAGCCCUGAAACACUUGUGGAUCCGAACUGCGCUGAUAGAGAAGCUCUUGGACAAGAUUGUCUUGUACCUGGUGGAGAACAGCAGUACCUUCUACGAGAAAGAAGCCAUGAUAAUGGAUCCUGUGGAUGGACCGAUUCUUGCGUCUCUAUUGGUUGGACCUUGCGCCCUGGAGUACACCAAAGUCAAGACGGCAGACCACUUCUGGACGGACCCUUCUGCCGACGAGUUGGUACAACGACAUCGCAUCCACAGCGGCCACUGUCGGCAGGAUUCACCCUCCAGACGACCCGCUCUGAUCCAGAAAAGACAGUCCAGUGGCAGCAUGGACGAUCGCCCUCUCACGUUGGUGAGGGAAUAUGUGGAGUCGCUCCACCAAAACUCCAGAGCUACGCUGUUGUUCGGGAAGAACAACGUCCUGGUGCAGCCGAGAGACGACAUGGAGGCCAUCCCAGGAUACCUGUCUCUGCACCAGACUGCUGAUCUGAUGACGCUGAUGAAGUGGACGCCCAAUCAGCUGGUGAAUGGAAAUGUGGGGGAGCUAGACACAGAGAAGAGUGUUUAUUGGGAUUUUGCCAUGACGAUUCGUUUGGAGGAGAUCGUGUACCUCCACUGUCACCAGCAAGUGAACAGUGGUGGGACAGUGGUUUUGGUGAGCCAGGAUGGGAUCCAGAGACCUCCUCUACACUUCCCCAAAGGAGGUCACCUUCUGCAGUUUCUCACCUGCCUGGAGACUGGACUGCUUCCUCACGGGCAGCUGGACCCGCCUCUGUGGAAUCAGAGAGGGAAGGGAAAAGUUUUCCCCAAGCUUCGAAAGCGCAGCCCACACGGAUCAUGUGACUCUGUGUCAGAUAAGGAAGAUGAUGAAGCGACCGAUUAUGUGUUUCGAAUCCUCUUCCCCGGCAAUCAGAUGGAGUUCAUGGCUCUGGAUCUGAUGGACCAGACUGUGAACCUGUGGCAGCCGACUCCCAGGAAGUCGUCCUGCUCCUCCUGCUCCCAGAACGGCUCCUCUGAUGGUUCGCUGCCCAAUGGCUGCAAUCAAGAAAGGGCUCCUCUAAAACUCCUGUGUGAUACCAUGAAGUACCAGAUCAUCUCCCGUGCGUUUUACGGAUGGCUAGCAUACUGCCGUCAUCUGUCAACAGUCCGCACCCACCUUUCUGCUCUGGUGAACACCACUAUCGUUUACCCCGACGUACCCUGUGAUGCCAGAGGGGGGCUCUCUGUGGAAGUCUGGAACGAGUUCCUCAAAGAAAGCUCUGCCUUCGAGGAGAAGGAAAUACACAGACUUGUGUACUUCGGUGGCGUGGCGCCUUCUCUCCGCAAAGAGGUCUGGCCCUUCCUGUUGGGUCACUACCAGUUCACCAUGACAGAGAGCUCCAGGAUGGAGAUUGACGAGCAGAUGCGGAUCAUGUACGAGCAGACCAUGAAGGAGUGGCAGGGCUGCGAGGCCAUUGUCCGUCAGAGAGAGCAAGAGAAACACGCCGAGGCCCUGGCCAGAUGUUCUUCAGGAACCAGUGUGGAACGAGGACCGAUGCAGCGAGACUCCACCAUCAGCACGGAUUCGUCUCUAAGCAGUAGCUCAGAUCAACAGAAUUCCCACUCACAGAGUGAUUCCAGCUGUAGUGCACAGGUAUUUGAAUCAGUCGAAGCGACCGAUCAGUUUGAGGUUGAACCCAGCACCGAGGAGGAAGCCCAGCAGAAGUCCAGUCCUGCGAAAGAUCUCACCAAGGAAACCAAGGAAGGUUCUCCACAACCUCCACCUCCGGAUCAGUCAAAUCCACCUCCAGAGUCAGGGAGCACAGAGCCGGGUGUUUCCUCUACUUCAUCCGAGACUCUGGAAAACUCAGGGGAGGAAAAAGGGAGCCAGGAUCUCAGAGAGAGAGAAGUCCUGGAUCCAGGAGAGGGGGUAAAACUGAAGACAGAAAAUGAUGAAGGUGAUGGUGAUGGAAUCGGUCAGUUCAAGGAAGCACCUGCAGAGGGAGACAAACCUGCAGCAGGAGACAUCGAUGGAGGAGACGGUGAGCACUCAGAAGAUUCAAAAACAACAGAUUUAAAUUCCAGAUCCGCACCGGAGACCACAAACGUUCUGAAGCUUGAAACAGAGAUCCAUAACCAGUAUUUCCAAGCCCCUCCACUAGGGCAGACGCUGAGUCUGCAGGCACCAAAGAGCGAAGAUCAGGAGGUGGAGCUGGUGUGUUCAAAUACAGAAGAAACAGACAAAAGUGAUGAAUAUCUGACUCCAGUAUCUGAAAAACCACAGGAUGAGACAAACCCGUCACCAACGACCAUCCUGAUUGGUUCCCCUGAAUCAGAGAAGAAAGAAACUGAACCGACAACCGUCGUGGAUUUCCCAGAAACCAAAAAGGCUGAGAUUCCUUUUGAAAAACCUGACUCCAACUCCCCGGUCAGACAAGUCCUGAACGCUCUUCAGACGGCCUCCAGGGGGAGUCUGUCUCUGUCCUCCAGACACUCUCCUGACACGGCCGACUCAGACGAUUCUCCUUCCGCUCUGGAGAUGGAGGACAUCCCGGCAGGCAUCACGUGCGUGACCUCCGAGGAGUUCAGAGUCAGGCCGCUGGCGGGACUCGCCGCUCCGCCGAUGUCUCUGGCACAACGAGAGAGAAUGGCGUCGGAGGGACUGGUCCUGGAUCACCACCUGGACCUGGCGUGUAACACCAGCCCUGAGGGCACCGACCUGGGGCUCUCCGAGGAGGAGCUGGAGAUGGAGAACGUUCUCGCUGAGGCCGAGCCUGCGGAGGUGGGCGGAGACACCAAACAGGACGAGUCCUCGGAAGAACAACCCUACUCUCAAGAAACUCUGGCCAUGUACUUGAUCAACUUACAUCGCAUCGACAAAGACGUCAGACGGUGCGACAGAACAUAUUGCUACUUCACCCCCGAGAACCUGGAGAAACUGCGUAACAUCAUGUGCAGUUACGUGUGGCAGCAUCUGGAUACUGGAUAUGUCCAGGGCAUGUGUGACCUUCUGGCUCCCCUGCUGGUCAUUCUGGACGAUGAGGUCAUGGCCUUCAGCUGCUUCACUGAACUGAUGAAGCGGAUGAACCAGAAUUUCCCACAUGGUGGCGCCAUGGACUCCCAUUUCGCCAACAUGCGUUCUCUUAUCCAAAUCCUGGACUCGGAGCUGUUUGAACUGAUGCAGCAGAACGGAGACUACACUCACUUCUACUUCUGCUACCGCUGGUUUCUGCUGGACUUUAAAAGAGAAACGGUGUACGACGACGUGUUCUCCGUGUGGGAAACCAUCUGGGCGGCCAAGCACACGUCCUCUGAGCACUUCGUCCUGUUUAUCGCUCUGGCCCUGGUGGAGAUGUACAGGGACAUCAUCCUGGAGAACAACAUGGACUUCACAGACAUCAUCAAGUUCUUCAACGAAAUGGCCGAGCGUCACGACGUCCCCCAGAUGUUGGCCAUGGCCCAGGACCUGGUCCACAAAGUCCAGACUCUGAUAGAAAACAAGUGACGUGUGGAGGAAGAGCUAACCUACCAGUGACUGGAGAGUGAUGUAAAAAAACAACAAAAACAAACAAAAAAACAA